CUCAUACUGCAGGAUGAUGUGGGGCAAAGGAGGGGAAGGGGACGAACGCCGGGAGUUCUGUUAUCGGGGAGGGAAGGAGCAGUGUGCAGUUUCCUUGGCAGCCUGACGACAGCGGCAGGCGAUAGGCAGGCGAUUGGUAUGCAUUUGAUACAAGCGCACGUCUUGCGCGUUUUUAUUUUUGGGCGCUCGCUGCCGAGGCCGUAAAUGUCGGUCGUAUGGAGGUCGUUGGGCCGUUGGUACCGAGGCAAGUCCUCCAACCCGGUCCCAAUUAUAGGCUAUCAUAAGCAGAAAUCUGCCAUAUGGUCAACCCUGGUAUACCUUGUCAGCUUCAUUAGUGUUGAUUUGAGCUUAAACCAUGGCGCUGUGACCAUCUGCCCGCAACCGCGUUGGCCUCUUCACUGGCCCUGACAGCUCGAGCGAACAUUCCAUGAUGUACGAGCUUCUUAUAGUCGGCGCUGGGCCCGCGGCGCUGAGCGUGCUGUGUCGCCUGCUUGAAGAGGACCCUGACGAUUCGGUGGACGGCUACCGCCGCGAGGUGAAGCCCAAGGCCAGCCUGCAGCGAGCCCAGCAGCACCAGGCUGGCUGCGGCCCGCGCCGUGACCGGCUGGUGCGCUGGCUGCGGGAGCGGGUGCUCAUCGUGGACGAGCGCGGCAGCUGGAUGUCGAGGUGGGACGAGCAGUUCGCGGGCCUGGGCAUUGCGCACCUGCGCUCCCCCAGCAGCGUGCACCCCGAUCCCAGCAGCAGCUACAGCCUGGAGAUGUGGGCGGAGCAGCGCCGCCGCUGCUGCGAGCUGCGGCCCAUGGAGGUAAUGGGUAAGAGCGCCGACUUCCGCGGCCCCUUCGACCUGCCCGGCACCUCACUCUUCCGUGACUUUGUGGGCGCUGUGGUGCGGCGCUACUGCCUGGACAGCCCGGGGGCGGUGCGGCGGGCCAAGGUGCUGCAGCUCACGCCGGUGCCCUACUGCGAGCCGGCCGCAGCCUCCACCACCUCCACCUCCACCUCCACCUCCUCCUCCGCGGGCACCGCCCCGCCCCGCUACUCGCACUGCGUGGCCACGCUCAGUGACGGCAGCCAGGUGGCGGCGCGGCGUGUGCUGCUGGCGGUGGGCUCAACCAACGUGCCCCGUCUGCCGCCCUUCGCUCACGGCUGGGUCGUGGCGCCCACGCCGCCCACACCCGUGCCAGUGCAUGCCAGCAGCACGUCCAGCGCAACGUGCAUGCCUACUGACAUGAUAAGAACGGCUGUGGGUGACACUGCUGAUGAGGCAGCGCCCGCCGAUGCCGUUGAGCCGCAGCCGCCCUCACAGCUGCCCGGCCCCAACAAGGUCUGCCUGGCACAACCCAAGCCACAGUACCUGCAUUCAGACAAUGCGCCCGAUAAUUUCACGCAGUCUGGGCCCUACGGUGACGCCCAGCAACCGGUUCAUCUGCUGGCAGCAGCUGAGCCCGCCGCCGCGCUUCACAGCGAGCCGGCGGCGGCAGCACUGGUGAAGGCGGUGGAAUCUGCAGCCGCCCCGCCCCCGCCCUGGGCUGGCCGCAUGCUCCACGCCUGGGAAGUGGCCCGCUGCUUCUCCUGCCGCAAGCCGCGCGCGCUGGCACACUCGGGCGCUGACAACGACUGUGGCGCCGCUGCCUCCGCCGCUGCUGCGGGCGGCCGAGGCUGCAGCGGCGGCGCUGACAGCAGCUGCCGCAGCCUUGCGGGCCAGCGCGUGGUGGUGGUGGGCGGCGGUCUGACGGCGGCUCAGCUGGUGGCGCUGGCGGCACAGCACGGCAGUACCGACGUGGUCAUGCUGGUGCGCCGCAAACUGCAGGUGAAGCAGUUCGAUGUGGAUGUGCACUGGCUGGGCCGCAUGCGCCAGGCGCACCUGCACGACUUUGGGCGGCUGGCGGGCGGCCCGGCGGCCCGGCUGGCGGCGCUGCGGGCGGCAGUGGGCGGCGGCAGCACCACGCCGGAGGCGGCGGCGGUGCUGCGGGCUCUGCAGGCCAAGGGCGUGUUGAGGGUGGAGGAAGAGGUGGAGGUGGAGGCGGCGGAUUGGAGCGAGUGCUGCUGCGUGCCGCCGGGCGGGUUUGUGCCGCCGACAGCAGGCGCGCGGAGCACCGGCAGCAGCGGCAGAAGCAGCGGCAGCGGCGACGACGGCAGCGACUGCAGCAGUAGCAGCGCCAGCGAGGAUGACUGCAGCCCUCGCACCCCCAGCAGCCGCGGCAGCUGCGGCAGCCCUCGCAGUCCCAGCACCUGCGGCAGAGGGGCCGGCACGGCUGCGGCGGCUUGCGCGCGCGGCUACGGCUCUCUACCUUGGGCGCCGCACCGUGCCGCCGGCUGCUGGCACCUCUACCUUUCCCGCCCGCUGGAGCGCCCCCAGUACCCCCAGCGCCACCAGGGGCCCGCCGAAAACAGCGGCACCCCCGGGCUCGCCUGCCGCCGCUACGGUGACGGUGACGACGACGACAGCGAGGGCGGGCUGCUGCUCCAUGCCGACCACGUGUGGUGCGCCACGGGCAGUGUGGUGGACGCGGGUCGCGACCCGCUGCUGCGGCGGCUGCAGGCGCAGUGCCGUGUGGAGCUGCACGGCGGGCUGCCGGAGCUCACGCCCGAGCUCAGGUGGUGUGAGGGUCUGGACGUGUUCGUGGCGGGCGCCUACGCCGCCCUGCGCCUGGGGCCCGGCGCCGGCAACCUCAUGGGCGCCCGCACCGCCGCCGUACGCCUGGUGCGGCUGUGGCAGCGUGAGGCCGGGGCCGACCUCUGUCCCUACAUCAAGCCACCGCCGCCGCCGCAGCAGCUGCUGCAGCUGCAGCCGCAGCCUGCAGCACAAGAGGCGGGCGAUGAGGCGCCGGAGGCCGUCGUGGCAAAUUCAACAACGGCGUCAGCUGUGAUCGAGCGCCGGCCAGGGCUGCUGGCCAUGGCCACGUCAUCACGGCGGCGCCCCAAGGGCCGCAAGGCCGCAGCUGAACAAGCGGCGGCGGCGGCGGCGGUGGUGGUGGUGGGGUCAAGCAGCACGCGGGGUCAACAGCCAGCGGGCCCGUGUGCGCAGGAGGCGGCUGGCGGUGGCGGUGGCACUGAGGUGGCUGAGGCGGUUGGGCGGGUGGAGUUGCAGCCGGCGGGUGCGUGUGAGCGACAGGCGCUGUGCUAUUGCGACACCAUUGUGCGCCGCGACACCGUGAUCACGCCUGCGGCAUGAGGGAAGCAUGAGCUCGAGUGGCGACAAGCUUGAUUGGCUGGCAGCAUGCGGCAAGUGCCUCUUCUUUCUGCCGGAUGCGUUUUGCACGGGUAAAAUUAGAUAAGUGGCGGUUCUCGGAAUGCUCCGACUAACCGCCGAAUAACUCGCUCGAGUACGUCACACACGUCUCCGCCGUACAGGAGUCGGGCUGGUAGGUGGGCAGCGGCGAGUGGGAGUUGGCAGUUGUACGAGCAGCUGGGAGGCUGCGUGCCAGGGCUGGACGUGCAUGGACAGCAUGGUACGUGACGCGAGUUGGGUAGCUGCGAGAGUGGGAGCGGAUAGUUGCGCGGGCGGACGGCAGGGAAGCUGCGACCGGGGCUGCAGUCGAGCGCGCAUCGCUGAGUGGCUGUUGGCGCGCGGCGCGACUGAGAGUGGACUUCUGCGCGGCUGGUGAAAGAUGUGCACGUGCCACGCUGGACUCGCAGACUUGUUGUUGAAUACCUAUGCCACCAAGGGGCAGUUAUACGACAAGCAUUGGAGAAGCUGCCAGACUGCAGCAGAGCAGCUACCAAUGGGUGUAUUGGUGUAUUGGUGCCUAGAGUGAUGGAGACAAAGCUUACCUAUACAAUGCAUGGGACCCAUGGGGCGAGCACACGUUCAUUGACGUAAGUUGGGUAGUUGGAGGGGGGGCGCUGGACGGCGGGGAGUCAGUCACGCACGCCGCGCUGCGCCACGCACCCGGCAUGCGCGCCGCCCACGCGACCAGCACGUACAUCGGGGGCUGGUCCAGCAGCACCGCGCAUGCCAGCGGGAUGGCGGUCUGCAGCAUGGCGGGUACGUGUGCCGUGUCAUCGUGCACGUGUACGGUAUAUGGCAAU